AUGUCUACCAAACAAUUAAAAACUGUUGAAAUUGCCGAAAUACUUAAACAAGAAAUUGCUAAUAUUAGUUCUAAUAGUGAUUUAGAAGAAGUAGGACAAGUUAUCACGGUUGAAGAUGGUAUUGCUAAAAUAUAUGGUAUUAAUAAAGUUGAAGCCGGAGAAGUAGUGGAAUUUGAGUCAGGAAUUAAAGGCCUUGUCAUUAGUCUUGAAACCAACUCGGUAAGUGUAAUAAUAAUAGGCGAAGAUUGGGAAGUCAAACAAGGAGACACUACCAAAAGAACUAAAAAAAUCUUACAAGUACCUGUGGGCAAGGCAUUACUGGGCAGAAUAGUAGAUGGAAUAGCUAACCCUAUUGACGGUAAGGGCCCGAUUAUCACAGAUACUUAUCGAAAUGUAGAAGAAAAAGCUCCCGGAAUAAUUGCAAGGAAAAGUGUUAAUCAACCAGUACAAACCGGCAUUAAGGUAAUCGAUGCUUUAAUACCUAUCGGAAGGGGUCAAAGAGAACUAAUUAUUGGUGAUAGGCAAAUAGGUAAAACUGCUAUUGCGAUUGAUACGAUCAUUAAUCAAAAACAAGCACAUCUUGAGGGAGACGAGCAAAACAAAAUUUACUGUAUUUAUGUAGCUAUAGGACAAAAAAGAUCAACAGUAGCCGGGGUAGUAAAAAAAUUAGAAGAUGCAGGAGCAAUGGAAUAUACCGUCGUGGUAGCAGCAACUGCUUCUGACCCAGUUGCGCUGCAAUAUAUAGCACCUUAUAGUGCUUGUAGUAUUGGAGAAUAUUUUCGCGAUAAUGGGAUGCAUGCUUUAAUUAUUUAUGAUGAUUUAAGCAAACAUGCGGUUGCUUAUAGGCAAAUCUCCCUUUUACUUCGUAGAUCUCCAGGACGCGAAGCCUAUCCAGGGGAUGUAUUUUAUUUACACUCUCGCUUAUUAGAACGAGCUGCCAAAUUAUCGGAUGAAUUAGGUGGAGGAUCUCUUACAGCUUUACCGAUUAUUGAGACACAAGCAGGAGACGUUUCAGCGUAUAUUCCAACUAAUGUUAUCUCAAUAACAGAUGGGCAAAUUUUUCUAGAAAAUGAACUUUUUUAUCAAGGAAUCAGACCUGCAGUAAAUAUUGGGCUAUCAGUAAGUCGAGUAGGGUCAGCAGCACAAGUAAAAUCUAUGAAGCAGGUAGCAGGCACAGCUAAGCUAGACCUAGCACAAUUUAGAGAAUUAGCGGCCUUCUCCCAAUUUAGUUCUGAUUUAGAUCCUGCCACUAGCAAGUUAAUUAAUCAUGGAGCCAAACUAAACGAAAUAUUAAAGCAAAAUCAAUACCACCCUUUCCCCAUAGAAGAACAAGUAGUUAGCCUUUACUCUGGGAUUAAAGGCUACCUAGAUAGUAUACCUAUUGAUCGAGUAAAAGAAUUUGAGGACAAAUUAUUGCAAGAACUAAAGCUUAGCAAUAAAGAUAUUUUAAUAAAAAUUAAAGAACAAGGUAAACUUACUGAAGAAAUAGAGCAAAAAUUAAAAAUUUUUUUAGAAGAAUUUAUAAAGAAUUUUUUAUCUACAAAUUUUAAGGAGUUAUGA